CUCUAGUUCUCUUGUUGAUCUCGCCUUUCGUCAUAUUCCUCCCUUUCUCCAUUCAACUUUCCUCUGGUCAUUCCUUUCUUUUCUUUCAGACAACUCUAGUCUGAAUCUAAAGAAUACCAAAAAGUUGUUUUUUUAUUAGUCUUCUGUACAACUUGUUCUCCGUUCUCUUUAUCACCCACAACCAAAAAGAACAAAAAAAAUGAAGUCUUUCAAUUCUGCUUUUGUAUCGGCAGAAUCAAAGAACAGGUUGUUAUUUUUGACAUUCAUCAUUGCGGUUUCUUUACUUUGUGCGGCUUUCUUUGUUGGCGACACAUCCAUCGCAAAGGAGUACAAAGGAAAAUUAGCACAAUGGGGUCUAAUUCGUGCAAUGCAGAAUACAAAAUCCCCUGGAUGCAAGAAUCAAUGUAGACCUUCUGGAACUGAGGCAUUACCUGAAGGAAUCGUUGUUAAAACAUCUAACUUGGAAAUGCGACCAUUGUGGGAUUCAGGUGUAAAUAAUAGAAAUUCAAACCCCGCAUUGAAUUUGUUGGCUAUGGCGGUAGGAAUUAAGCAGAAAGCAGUUGUCAAUAGAAUUGUAGAAAAGUUUCCUUCAAGCAAUUUUGUUGUGAUGCUUUUUCACUAUGAUGGUGUUGUGGAUGGAUGGAAGGAUUUGUCUUGGAGCAACCAUGCCAUACAUGUGUCUGCAUUCAACCAAACAAAAUGGUGGUUUGCUAAACGGUUUUUGCAUCCGGACAUAGUUGCUGAUUACAAUUACAUAUUUCUCUGGGAUGAGGACAUAGGUGUUGACAAUUUUGACCCAAAAAAGUAUUUAUCUAUUGUCAAAGAAGAGGGACUUGAGAUAUCACAGCCUGCACUUGAUCCCAGUAAAUCAGAAGUGCAUCAUCCACUCACAGUUCGUAAAAGAGCAUCAAAAGUGCACAGAAGAUAUUAUAAGUUAAAAGGCGGUGGAAGGUGCGAUGACCAUAGCACUUCUCCUCCUUGUAUUGGCUGGGUGGAAAUGAUGGCACCAGUGUUCUCUAGAAAUGCAUGGCGAUGUGCUUGGCAUAUGAUACAGAAUGAUUUAAUCCAUGCCUGGGGCCUUGAUAGGCAGCUUGGUUAUUGUGCACAGGGUGAUCGAAUGAGAAAUGUUGGUGUAGUUGACUCAGAAUACAUAGUUCAUUUGGGUCUUCCAACUCUUGGUGGUUCACAUGGCAAUGAGGUAAACGAUAAAGCUCCAGUGUAUCCUCCUUCAAGUUCAGAUGCACCGGCACCAUCAACCCCUCAUGAAGAUAGUUCCAGAGCUAAAGUGAGGAUGCAGUCAUUCAUUGAAAUGCAAGUUUUUGCGCAAAGAUGGAAAGAUGCUGUGAAGAAUGACAAAUGCUGGAUUGAUCCCUAUGAAAAACAGUCAAACCAAACUGACCAUUAGUUCGUCAUCCAUGGCUUUGACCAGGCAAAACCCUUGCUGGUCUUGAUGUUCAUACUCGGAUGUUCGAAACAGACUCAUUUUACAAAGUAUUUGAGUUUAGCAGGCAACUGGUAAGAUUAAUUUCGUGUCUUAGAUGGAGCUUUUCAAUUGGUGCCUCAGUGAAUGAAAAUUCCAAGAGCAUGGGGACUUCACAAUUUUCCCCUUAUUGGGCUUUUGCUGUCUUCGUUUUUGUGAUUGUGCCAUUCAUUCAUUACUUUGAAUUAUGGUGUAUAUAGUGAGGUAUAGAGGUGUUCAUUGUUUAGUUCUUUUUAUUUUAUAUUAUUUUAUUUUUCCUCUGUGAAAGCCGGUGUAAAUGGCUUACAUGGCAAAACAGUGUGAUUCAUUCUUCAGAUAAUUUAUCUUUUUCUUCCCCCUUCAAUUUAA